AAUAAAGGCCACUAGGACAUGUGUUUUGUUUUUUCUGAGCUGACUGUUUCACUCUGCAUCUGACUUCUGCACUGAGUGAAAAGAUAGCUUGAGCGUGAGGUUAGAAUCUGAGAGAAAGUUUUUCAGCGAGCCGAUACCAGUAAAAAUACACGUCUUCCAAGUUCCAAACUCAUUGUUUUCAAGAUGCCAUCAAAGAGCAAAGGGAGGAAGAGUGUUGCUGGCAUCAAACCGAAUCCAUCGUCCUCCCUAUCAGGAGCUGAAGAUGAAGUUUAUUUUGAGUUGCAGAGAAUCUUGAGGAACAGGAUGUGUGGUUCUGAACUACCAGCCAGUCUUCCACAUCUGCAGGAUCAGAGAAGGCAUUUGAUGGAUAUCAUAGAGCGCUGUGCUACUCAAGGUGAGAGCAACUCAGCCCUGGUUAUUGGUCCUCGUGGAAGUGGAAAGUCAAUGCUGCUGAAGCAUGUCCUGGCUGAACUGGUGAAGAAUCGUAAGGUCUCCACCAACCUGCUUCAGGUGCGUCUGAAUGGUCUGCUCCAGACGGAUGAUAGGAUCGCUAUCCAGGAGAUCACAAGACAACUCAAGCUCGAGAAUGUUGCAGAAGAGAAAGUCUUUGGUUCCUUUUCUGAAAAUCUAGCAUUUCUGCUGGAGUCUUUAAAGAAGGAUUCCAGUGGAGCCCAGUCCAUUCUGUUCAUCGUGGAUGAGUUUGAUCUGUAUGCCCAUCAUAAGAAUCAGACUCUCCUCUACAAUCUCUUUGAUAUCUGCCAGUCAGCCCAGACACCCAUCACAGUCAUUGGAGUCACCUGCAGACUGGACGUUGUGGAACUGCUGGAGAAGAGGGUCAAAUCACGCUUCUCUCACCGACAGAUUCAUGUCUUUAACACCUUGACCUUUGACCAGUACUGCGAAGUCUUCAGGAAAACCCUUAUGCUGCCCUCUAAUUUCAUGGACAAAACAUUUGCCAAAGAAUGGAACAAUCACAUUGAGAUGCUUACAGAAGAUGCCACCAUCACCGAGAUACUGCAGAAGACCUAUAGCUUGGACAAAUCAGUUAGGAGUCUAUACAGUCUAAUGUUGUUGCCAAUUGCAAGAAUCGGUGCAGAUCAUCCUACAUUUGAGGGUCAUCAACUACUGGAGAGUCGAAAGAUACACAGUACUGAUUCAAAGGCUGCUAUGUUACACGGUGUAUCUGUACUACAGCUGUGUCUUAUCAUUGCCAUGCGUCACCUCACAGACCUCUAUGAAGGAGAUCCGUUCAACUUUGAGAUGGUUUACAAUGAAUACCAGAAGUUUAUUCAGAAGAAAUCCCAUACUGUCCAGCAGUUUGACAAAUCUGUUGUUUUGAAGGCAUUUGAGCAUCUUGUUGCCUUGGAGCUGGUGAAGCCAGCAGAGCACAGCACGGCAUCAUCUACCAGGACUCAGAAGGAAUACAGAGCGAUGAGUAUACUGGUCACCUCUUCACAGCUAGCAGAGUCUCUGAGCUCUUACCCAUCUUGUCCAAGUGAGCUCCUACACUGGGCUAAGAAUCCGAUGGCUUCGUGAAAGUUUCGCAGAAAAGAGUGUCUGAAAUCAUUAUACAAAAGCAUUCGCCUUGUUUCUGUUGAAAUCGGUGCCAGGAGGCUGAUGUAUCUUCACAUCUAGAAAGUCCUUAAGCUCUUGUCUGUCUUGUCCAAGUAUGCCCCUACACUGGGCUAAGAAUCCAAUGAGAGUUUCAUGGAAAAGAGUAUUUAAACUCCUUAUGCCGUAGCAUCUAGCUUGUUUCAAGUGAGCUGAACAAAAUGGGGCAAAGACAAUCUCAGGUAUCUGGUUACUGUAAAGCCUGUUAAACCUGCUGAGUACAGCUAGCAGAAUAAAUGAACCCAAAACCAUUUUGUUCCGGUGAGCUCCUACAAGUUGGCCAAGAUCAUUUCAUCAUUUCUGAACUCCUACAAAAGCAUUCCACUUGUUUUCCUUGUGUCCCAUUGAACUUCAAGAUUGACACAAGAAAGCCUACCGGUAGGUGUCUAGAAGGCUUAGAGCUGAUGAAGCCUGUAGAGCACAGCUAGCAGGGUCCUUGAACUCCAUUCCGUCGUCCAUAGAGAACAUCAGUACUUUGUUGUUGUCGCAGUUCUCAUUAAAAUAGAUGUGUGGAGGAGCUAAUACCCUAAAACUUGUGGCAUAAAGAUGUAAGACUGGGCUAUGUCUUGCUCCGUGGUGUUUAUUUAUGAAUUUUCCAAGGUGAAGAAGGUACAAAUAAACAGUUACCUGUGCUGUCAUGAAUGAACUAUUCAUUGAUUUAAACCCAGUGUACUGGGUAAUGAAAUACUUUUGAAUUGAAUAAAAUUUAUUUUGGGAAGGACAGAAUGUGAGUUUGAUAUCAAAAUUAUGUUUAUUUAUUUUUCUAUAUGUUUGUAUACUUUUAUACUAUAUAACAUUUUUCAAGGAAGAUAGUAAAAAAGACAGAGAAAUAAAUCACCUCUUUCUUUUUGCCAGGAUGAUUUAAAGAGAAUAAAAUUAUUUGUUUAUACAUGGUGUCCACAAAAAAUUCCAUAUGUAUGAGAAUUCCACUUGCAAAAUCUCUGAAAGUAUCAAAUAACUUUAAAUGAAAAGUAAUAGGCUAUGCUAGUAGAGUAUCUUCUAGUCUUGGUGUGAAUUUUUAAUCAUUUUCCACUAGUGUGAAGAAGAAGAAGAAAAAAAGAACUAGCGAGAUAUUAAGAAAUGUUUUUGAUUGAUGUCUUUUUGGGGUGUAAACCUUGAAUAUUAUAAAUAUUGCCAAGAGAGCAUACCGUAAUGAAAAGCUUCAGCAUAUACUAGAUGUAUAAACAUUGCUUCAGCAUUUCUAAUGACAAAACAUUCAGUUAAAGAGAAGGUUUAGUUCUGGUACAGGUGAACAAAUAGUUUCGAGAACUUUCUAAUUCAUAUAUGUCAGUUUGGAAGCAUAUCACAAAAGAAAUAUCCCCUGAAAAUGAUUGCUCCUCUAAUGACCUCAUAUUUAAAAUAUGUUUGCUCAAAUGUUCAUGCCACAUAUGUGUGUAUGGUUUGUUUAAAUGUUUUUUUUUUCUUCUUUCUUUUACCCGACUGCUAUGAAUGAAAGCAUGUAGUCCUGUAUACCCAUUAAUUGCUGUGUGUAGCAUAGGUAACUUUGUGUAAGACCAAUUCAAAUUAUACUUAUAUAGAACUUCUGAUUAUGUUAUACAUUUGUGGCAUUAUUCACACAUUUUGAUCAAGGCUAUUGCAAUUAUUGAAGGUUGAUUUUUCAUAAGUCUUUAAGAUCUUGCUUUAUCUUUCCUGCUUUUGUUUUAUUGUACAAGAAUUUCUUAUAUUUGUAUCAGAAGCAUUCCUAUACAAGAAUUCCUCAAUAAAAUUGAUAUUUUUGUUACAAGAA